AUGGUAGCCAUUACUCGUGCUGCGUUAGCACGUCAACUGCCAUCCCCAAAUAAAACUAGAACAGUUGUAUCAAGUGCUGUAAGGAAAAAGUAUACCAAAAAGAAGAAAAGAACAGUUAAACAAUGUACAUCAUCAUCUACUACUUCGCCGCUAUUGCAACCAUAUAACGAGGUCGCAGGCAAAAGUAAUAUUAUUGAUGCUAAUGGAUAUGAUCGGUACGGUAAUCCAACAGGAAGAGAAUACGAUUUGGGUCGAGAUGGGGCAUUUAUGGGAUUUAAUAUUUUAAUUGGACAGUUUUACAGCUUUGACAUGGAGAAACCAAUUGAUGCACUAAAGAUCAAAGGAUUCCAAGUAAAACAUGUAAAAACUGAGAAUGAAUGUAUAACAGAACUUGCUUCAAAUCGUUAUCAAAUUGCAUGGAUUAUUAGUACAAAUCAAAUUCAAAAUCCAACAUUUAUUUCAGCUAUAAUAACGUUUCAUUCAUCUGGUGGUGCCAUCUUUUUAUUUGCCGAUAAUACACCUUUAGUAUGCCACGCAUCUGAAUUUCUUAAAACAAAAUUUGGUAUAACUAUUGAUGGCGAUUACUAUGGUAAUAAAACAUUGACAUACAAAGAAAAUGGUCAUCAACAAACAGGACAUUUUGGUCAACAUGAAAUUUUUACUGGAAUCGCAAAUUUAUUUGAGGGUAUCACCAUAUGUCAUCCAAUAUAUUCAACACCAGCAAGUCGUACGGUAUUUGUCACUAUAGCAACAGCUACCGAUGGUAAUUCUAGUAUUGCUGUGUAUGAUCCACCUUCGACGUCAACAGAAGGACGAUUAUGCUUAGAUUGUGGUUUUACGAAACUCUACUGUAACUGGGAUUCAGCAGGCACAGCUCGUUACAUCGUUAACGCCAGUUGUUGGCUUUUGGGAAUAAAAAACGUUUAA